ACAUAUAUAUUAUAUAAAAUAUAUAUAUAUAUAUAUAAUAUUGUCCGCGUGUUUGGGUAAAGACAAUUCUAGAGAUAAGCAGAAGCAACAAUGGGGGCGGCGCAGGCGAUGAAGAGAAUCCCACGCAUCAAAUUCCCUCAGAGGCGUCCCAAUGUAUCCGGCAGCCAGGUUCAAGAAUCAGUGACGGAUGAUGCUCUGUCGAACGAUGAUCUUGUUAAGAAAUUCUUCUCAAGGGCUGCAACAAACACGUCUGUAGGAGGAAAGGCUACUGAUCAGCCGAAAAGAACUCCAGUGACCCAAGAGGAGAUUGAGGCUGUUAUGUUGGGGGGCUGUAUCUGACCUUGGGAAGAGAUGACUAAACCCAAUCAAGAUCAAACAGUCUGACUUUGUUUUACGACGAUCCUUCUCUCGACUAAGUGCUUCAUUUCAAGAACAUCUAAUUUUUUUUCACACUAUGUUAGCUAGUUAAUGUUUUGGUUUGAUUUUUGAGACAAUUGGAGAAUCGUGGCUGAAUGCUUAAUUUUGGUUGAGCUUUAGCUGGAGAAUGAUUGUGCUGAAACUAUGAUUUUGGUAAUUUGGAUUUCUUGAGAUUUUGGUAAUAAUAACAGCAUAUAUUGUAAUGGUAUAUGCACAUGACCACUGGUUUUCUGCUUA